AUGUGUACAAACAAGCGUGGCCCUGCCCCCCUUCCACCCCCUCCACCGCGCCCACUCAACCCGCGCGCCCAUUGGAACCAUAUUUCAUCGCCCGGAGUUGAGCGUGCGCGCGCCGCGCCUUUAGAGGGGAGGGGAGGGCGAGGAUGCGUGCACAUCCACCGGAAGCCGGUCGCGCGAUUUGGGGGAGGGGAGGGGCGGGGGCAGGACGCAGAGCCCAGAGUGGACAUAAAUCAAGCUGCGCGUGUGCAUUUGGCGUGCUUUCCGCUCACGCGCUGCGCCCAGGGAGAGGCCGAGGUGCGCUUCAUCCUACUUUUCUCUCUCGCGCACAUUUCGUUGGCCGGCGAGAACUUGCGCACCACCAGGCACACUUUGACGCGUGCUGUGUGCGGUGCGUGUGUGACUAACCCCAAUCCCAUCUCGGUGCGCGCAUCUACGCGAGGGACAUGCUCUAUGCGGAAAUUUGGCCUUGAGGAGUAA